CGGUGUUUAUCGAGGGGGGGGGGGAUCAGAUCCUCUCUUUUUUUUCAGAUCUUGUUACGCGAUCGCUUCGUAGUUUAAGUCAACGAGUGCGCACUUUGUGCGCGUAGUGCGCCAUGAAACUUUCGGACACCGGAGCGUGUGCGUAGUGCGUUGUCUUCCUUUGUCCCGUGUUUCAUCGUUGAUGUCAACUCUUCCGGUCACUCUCUAACCAUGAGACGCAGAUAAGUUGACCUCAAGAGUGUUAUUCGAGAAGUUCUGUCCAAAACAACAUGGGUGCCAAACAGAGCAGCCCGGUUUUUGACGGUAGAACUCGGGCUUAUUCCAGUUCAGACCUCCCGUCUGGAAACUCAAACGGAGGAGAAGGAGUCGCUGGAUUCAGGUACACCAAUGGGCCCGAUGGGCCCCGAAUUAGAUACACGAGUGGACGGGCGACCAGCUCUGGCGUCGACAUACCGACCAGCGGCAGGUCAGGAUCACAUGGACUCAAUUCAAGUCUGGAUGGCACACCAGGAGAAGGAGAAGUGUCUCUUGGAGAGCACAGGUUGCUAAUAGGAUCCCUACCGGCCCACCUUUCCCCUCACCUGCUCGGAGGGUUCAACUGUCCCGUGUGCUCAAAAUAUGUGGCAACAGCAGAGAUAGAAAAGCAUCUUCUCAUGUGUUUCACCAAAACCCGCAUCACCUACAAUAAGGACAUUUUGUCCAAAGACUCUGGGGAAUGUGCCAUUUGUUUGGAAGAUUUGGAGCAAGGAGACACCAUCGCAAGGCUACCAUGCCUCUGCAUCUACCAUAAAGGUUGUAUAGAUGAGUGGUUUGAGGUGAAUCGCUCAUGUCCAGAACAUCCAUCUGACUAGUGGCUGCUGCUCCAGUCUGGAUCUUCUGUUCGUCCUUGCAGUCCACUCUAUGCCCAGACCUCAUCUUGCCACUUGUCUGUGCCAACCUGACGUCAGUGUUCCUCAGGGACUCUUAAGACAUAAUUGUCAACACAAUUAUUCAUGUUGCCACACGGAAUACCAAUGGACCAAGGAGUUGUUUCUCUAAUCAAGAAAUGUUCAGAGGACCGUUUCAUUUCAGCCCAGCAACUAUCUGGCCAUCUUGGUACAUUGGUGGUAAUGGUCUGCAAAUGAUUGUUUCCUUUGCGCCCCCUGCUGGCCUGAAACGAGUUCAUGUAUCUGGAGCUUUUGCUGAUCAUUGUGUGCGUUGUACACCAGAGGAGGUAAACACAACCUAGGGAGGAUAAAUUCUCUUUUCAAAAGAACUUCACGAUCGCCUCUGUAUGGACAUGUCUUGUCAGUGUUGUACAAUGUGAUCAACAGCCCUACAGAAUGAGACAAUGUCAGCUUUAAAGAAUAAUCAUGUAGGCUUGGACACAGAAUAUAGCUGGUCAUCCUUAGUGCAGAAAAAAAAAUUGUGUAAAAAUGGCUCUACAUAAACCUGAUUUAACGUAUGUCCAAGUCAAAUAUCAAAUAGACUCUGGUAGAGGAUCUUAAAUUAUUUGUCUAUUCACGUCUAUGUAAUGUGGCUCUGUAUUUAAGUAGUUGAAUUAAGGCUUCAACUGAUCUAAUGAUAAUUCCCACUCAAAGGAGUGCCUUUAUGCUGCUAUGUCACAAGUACCUACUGGAAAGUUUUCAUGUAACAUACCUUUGUUUAAUUGUAUUUUCUGUUUGUAUUGUACUGAAUUGCACAAAAAUACAAGUUUUCACCCACA